GCGUGGUGGGCUCUGGACUUCAGGCCUUGACCCCAGACGGGGCCGGAGAGGGAAACCAGGGCUCUGGGCCUGCGCAGGGGAGGAGAGGCUGGAGCAGCUUGGGAUGGGGAGUGGGGACUGGGAUGCGGAGAGGGAUGCACUGGGAUGCAGGCGCCCGAGCUGAGAGCGCACGGAGUCGGGGUGGGGGCCGGACAGCCCACGAGACACUUAAGGGUCCGGGGGCGGAAUAUCAGUCCGGAUCUUUCUGCAUACAGCCCUGUCCCGGGAACUCAGAGCACCCAACAGGGCCCCCUGACCUCAGAGCCCUCCGGAAUGAUUCUCUCAGGUUUUGACUAUCGGGGGAUCUGAGACCCAGAAGGAGGUCUCUUACCUAAGAGAAGCAGGCGAUUUGGUCAUGCUGACCCAGCGAGUCUUGAUAAGCAUGAAGCUUUUACCUCUGGUGGCGUUGGCCUGGUGUGUGACCAUCUCCCCAGCGCAGGCAGGCAAGAGCUCUGAAGACAUCCGAUGCAAAUGUAUCUGCCCACCUUACCGUAACAUCAGUGGACACAUUUACAACCAGAAUGUGUCACAGAAAGACUGCAAUUGUUUACAUGUGGUUGAACCAAUGCCUGUACCAGGCCAUGAUGUGGAGGCUUACUGCCUGCUGUGUGAGUGUAAAUAUGAGGAAAGAAGCACGACCACUAUCAAGGUCAUCAUCGUCAUUUAUCUGUCUGUGGUGGGUGCCCUGCUCCUGUACAUGGCCUUCCUCAUGCUGGUAGAUCCUUUGAUCAGAAAGCCAGACGCUUACACUCAGCCACUUCACAAUGAGGAGGAGAAUGAGGAUGCCCGUUCGUUGGCUGCAUCAGCCACCCCCUUGACAGGACCCCGAGCUAACACAGUGCUGGAACGGGUAGAAGGAGCCCAGCAGCGAUGGAAGCUGCAGGUGCAAGAACAGAGGAAGACGGUGUUCGAUCGUCACAAGAUGCUCAGCUAGAUGGCCAAGUUGGUUGGGCCAUGGAGAAGAGGAGGCAAUGAGGGCUGGGGGACGGGGGCCUGUUUCUCCUCUCCCUCCCUCUCUUUUCUCUCUCAAUCCUUCCUGUUACAAGCCGAUGGCAUUGUCCUUUCCUAUCCACCCUGUCUUCUCCCUCAGACAUGAUGUUCUAAGCCAGUGAUUCAGGGAGGGUUAGCCCUAUUCCUCAGUGCAUCUCAGGGCUUUGGAUUUGGGGGGAGAUAACAGACUCAAAUGGAACAAAAAGUCAUCAGGAUUGGGUAGGAAAUGUCUUCCCUCCUCUUAAUGCCUUUCCCCACUUCUCUCCAAAUCCUGGAGAGUUUGAUGAAGCGAGGGCAUGUGGAAUAUCUUAGCUUGGAGGGUCAGUAAACAAAUCCUGCCCAGCAUGUCCUUGCUCCUAUCUCCUCUGCCGUGCUGUAGAUUCAGUGAGACCAUUCCCCAUCCCACAGACACAAUCAUCACACACCACAACUUCUGUUCCAUUCUGACCCAAAUCCUAAAGUCAUUUCCAUUGGAAAGCCAACAUCUUGACAUCUUAGCCAAGGCCCAAGGUUCUAUGGUCAAGGGAUAGCCUUCUCGAUGUCUUCCUCUCUGUGUUCAUUUCUUCUCUAGCUAUAACCCCAUACCUCUAUCUAUUUCUUAUUUUACUGCUGAAUGUCCUAAUGCUGCGGGACAAAUGUCUCCCAUCGUAACCAACUUAAAACUGAGACCAUCCCAAGCAACUCUACUCCCAGCUGCUAAUUCAAAGGAAAAUGGCUGUAUCCUCUGACAUCCUAGGGGGAGGACCAGAUUCACUUCUGAGCAUCCAGGUGUCCCAAAGAUUAUUCCUCAAUGCGUGGAGAGAAGUGUCUGUUCUUAUAUCAGUUUGCAGUCCUGCCUGCAAGCCAAGAAAAUAAUGAUUAAAUCAUGUUUUAUCUCCCUCUCCAUCCCCCAGCCUUCAGGAUCUCAGGAGCCUUUAAGAACCAGGAGAUAUGGGGGGCAUAAUAUUAUUUUCUAUUAUUCUGAAUGGGAAAACAGAUCUGGAGAAUGGAUCUGUCAGUAGUUCUUGGGGCCAGAGUAGACAGCAGAAUCCAGAUAACUUGUCUUCCAAACCAAGCUCUGUUGCUAGCAAACCUUGCAGAUGGAACCGCUUCCCCAAGGGGAAGAGAAGCCCAAUCAUGGGGAUCCCUGGAUUCCAUAGCUGUGGAUUUGUGAAUCAUCACCUUGAGACCAGAACUUGCAGCCCUUGAGACUUCCCCUCUUCCCUCAUUUUUGCUUAUCCUGUUUGGUGCUUUGCUCAGGUCAACACCUGGUGCUGUUCUGAUAGUGGACAAAUUGAGUGAAUGUCAGUGACAGUGAAUACCUGGGAAGAUCUUUUGACACUAAAAAUAACAAGGGAAGGUUAGAAAAUGGGGGAAGACUGUCAGAGAAAUGGGGAUUACUCAGCACAAGCAAAUGGCCCCAGUUUCUAUGGCCUCCUAGGAAGGCCUGAAUACUGGAUCAGCCAUUGAGCACAAUGGAGAGAUAAUAGUGAAGAGGGACAGAAAUAUGAAAAAACCUGGCUAGAAAGAAAAAAAAAAACAGACUAAAACAGCAAGUCAUUGAAAUCGCUGUCUUAGGAAUAUAUAGUUAAAUGUAUUGAAAACCCCCAUAUAUGGAACCCCACUGUAGACCAUGGGGGAUUUCUAAAAGAACAAAACUUUUCAGAACCCGGAUCCAAAGUUACCAUCAAAUAGUUUGAAAAAUUACAAGUAAAUAUGAAUAGUACAAGGAGUGGAAAGGGGAAAAGAAUGAAAUGAGAGGUGAGACCCAGCUAGAGAUAGUCAAGAGCUUCCUAGGAGAGGGGAUUUUAGAACGGGGUUCUGAAGGACUGAAAAACCUUGUUGGAAAGAACUUUGGAGUGGGGGUGAAGGUAUUUAAGGCAGAAAAAAUAGGCACAAGGGUGUAGAAAUUGAUAGAAAUGGGCUAAAUGUGGGAUACUAAACAGAAUAAGUGAAGUAAGUGCUAGAGGUUAAAGGGACAUGAGAAUUAUAUAAAAGUUCUGUAGCAUCACUCCCACAUCUGAUGGGAAUGAAUGGAUAGCAGAGAAUCAAGGGGCAAUUACUAAGUACUUGUGUGAAUAAAUUGGCACUGGAUAGUUGAGUGGAUAGAGCACUAGAGUUGGAACCUAGAGAAAGACCUAAAUUUGACUUAACUGUUUUCACCUAGAUAGAUAAUGAAAUCUCUUGACCUGCUCUCAUCUAUAAAACGGGGAUGAUAAUAAUAGCAUGUAAUAAAUAAGAGUGUUUUAAAUUUCAAAUGAGAUAACCUGUAAAGUGCUUUAGAAGCCUUAGAGCAUGAGUAUCCCAAAAGUCUUAAUGCUUAAACCCACACUUAGUAUCCCAAAAUCACAGCAUGGUUCUUAGAACUGAGGUUUUUGGGACACUCUGUGUCAAUACUCUUGCUAUGAGUCAGGCACAUAAAGAAAAAAGUAGAAAUAAUCUCUUCGCCCAAGGAGCUUACAUUCUUUUGGGAGAGAGCAUAUGUAGACAAAUGGAUAUAUCCAAAUUACAUCCAGAGAGCUUAGAUGGUACUCUUAAAGAAAGAAGCACCGGCUGCUAAGGGAACUGAGAAAGGAAGAAGAUGAAGAGGUUAGGAAGGGCUGUAAAUGCCUAAUGCAGCAUUCUAUAUGAGAUCUUGACAGUGCAAUUCACUAUAAUUAAUCUGAUGGAAAGAGGUUGAUUUGGCCAGUUAUGUGCCUAUAAGAAAAUCACUUUAUCAGCUGGAUGGAGCACAGAUUAGAAAAUGAAGAAAAUUGAUGCAGGGAGAUUGAUUAAGUUAUAGCAAUAGGAAGAAGAGAACAAGAAUCUUUUAAUCACCUAUAUGCUAUACAUUGUGUGUGUUAAGCAAUUUACAAAUAUCUCGUGAUCAUUAAAAUAAUGGGAGGUAGGUUCUAUGUAUGAUUCUUAUUUUGCAUUUGAGGAAACUGAGGCAGACAGAGGUUAAAUGAAUUGUUUAGGAUCACACAGCUGGUAAGUGUCUGAGAUUAAAUUUUAAUUCCAUCUUCCUGACAAGACCAGCGUUCUUAACCCCUUAGCUGCCUUUAGAACCUUGAGCGAGGAUGAUCCUUCUGUGGGUGAAAAUAUAAAGGACAAGUUUUGGCCAGAGAUGGGACAAGUGAGAAAAGAGGAAUUGAGGAUGCCAUUGAGUUUAAGAACCUUCCUAACUGGUAGAGAAACAAAGCAGUUUAUUUCUAUUUUUAUUGUAAGAGAAGGCAUUUCCUGGGAGUGGGAUGAGAGAGUUUUGUGGGAAACAAUUAACUAUUGGCUUCUCUGGAGGCAGAGGGAUGGAAGAUGGAUAAAAUGCCUUUUCAUUAUCCUCAAUUCUAGGAAUCUCUUGCUAUGGUACAUCCCCUACCUCUCAAAAAAUGAACAAAUCUUGCACUACUUCAUCCCUUAAAAGUUCUAUGUAUAAAAUUCUCAAGAACUUUUUUAUUAGCCCUAUGGAUGGUCUGAGCUCAGUAGUAGGAUCUACUCUGAAGAGAAGAGUAUCUGAUUUUAUGCUACCCCAAUAUAUGAAAAAUGAAUUUACAGAAAAUAUUUUAGUGGGUGAUUGAUGAUUCACUUAAAUAGAGGGCAAACUAUGGAAUUCCUUAAGAUAACCAUUUCCUUGUUUAUUUAAAAUAUGUCACUUUACCAAAAGAACUCACAUACUGCUUUUGCAGCAGCAUAUCUACUGUCUGAAAUAAACCAAACAUUCUGCCUUCUAAAAUGAAAAGUCCAGAGUUUUAGGACAAAUAUAACUUCUUUGGGUGUCCUGAGAGGGGAGGAAAGAAAGUCUUGCAAGAAAAAACUUCAGAGAUGGUAUAUGGCUUUGUUUUAUUGUACUCAAAAAAUAAUGUAAUAUGCACAUUAGGCUGGAAUAAUCAAUGGAGUAUUUAGGGUUUGUUUUUUUAGGCAGUAGGACCAAGGUUCAAAUCUCACCUCUGACAUUUACUAGUUGUGUGAUGCUGGGUUUUAUCUCCAUGUGCCUCAAGACAACUUUCUAGGAUAUGGUACUAAAUUACAGAUGGGCUAUGAUUUGCUUGGUGAUGAAAAUGUCUGCACUAGGACUCUGUACACUGAAGAAAUUCCAGCUCCUGGAUCAAGCAUUUGCAUGAUAUGAUAGUAGACAUGUAGUUUAUGGGGGCUUUUUUUUUUUUUUAUGCUGAGGCAAUUGAGGUUAACUGACUUGCCCAGGGUCACACAGCUAGGAAGUGUUAAGUGUCUGAGAUCAGAUUUGAACUCAGGUCCUCCUGAAUUCAGAGUUGGUGCUCUAUCUACUGUGCCACCUAGCUGCCCCUUUGUGGGGGCUUUUGAUGUCAUCAUGUAUAAGAGUCAAACAUGAGUUCCACCAAAGUCCCAGGUUCUGUUUCAAAUCAGAGAGACUGGGCCUAAGUUGGACAAAAAUUUAAAGUCAACAAAAGUCAUCCCCAACCUUCCUAGGUUAGUGAAAAGCUUUAUUUAGCAUACUCUCCUUUCUAAAGUGUGAAAUGGGGGGAUUCUGAAAGAAAGAUGGGUUUAGGGAGGAAGGAAAGCAUUUUUCGGUGGCCUUCUUCAUGGUACUUUAUAUCCUGGGAAAUGGAUUAGGCCUGAUGAAGGAACACAAUGUAUAUAUGUCCAGCUGCUUGCUUGGGAAUGGGGUUUCUUGAUUCUGAGACAGAUGCUACACCUUGGAAGGUACUGUGGGAGAUUGUAUAAGCUCUGGAAAAAAUAAUCUGGAUUUGCUAAAUCUUGUUCUCCACCCUUUCUGCCAACUCUCACUUAUCUUUACAUACAGUGACCUUCAGAACUCUUUAGGUGAGAGAAGAGCUUGGUUUGGAGAGGUGCAGGACAGGAGGUUCUAGUCCCACCUUGAGUCACUAUGUUUGAAGGCUCUUCAGAGGACAAUUUACCCAAUCCAUACCUAAACAUCUCUCCAAAAUGGUCAUCCAGAUUGCCCCCAAAGCUAAAAAAAGUUUUCUGAUCCAACAACUUCAUUUUGCACAUGAGGAAACUGAGGCCCAGGGAAUGUUUUUUUUUGCCUAGGACCCAUAGAGAGCAUCUGGGGAAGGAAAUAAACUUAACCAAUGGGUACCUACCUCACUGAGACAACCUACUUCACUCUGGGAUCGUUGUGGGUUAUGUUGGGCCAAAAUCUGCCUCUACAAUUUCCAUCCAUGUUCCUAGUCCAUCCCCUUGGGGCUAAGUGGAAAAGUCUAAUCAUCCUUCUGCAUGGUAAAUAUUUUCAGCUAUCAUGACUCCCUCUCCAAAUCUUAGUUUCUCAUGGCCAAUCAUCCUUCAAAUCUUAUGUUAGUGUCUAUACCUUGCCCAUUCUGUUUCCCCUUCAGAUUCACUUCAGUUUGACAAUGACUUCCCUAAAUUGGGGUGCUUAGAAAUGAACACAAUCAGACAAAGUCAAUCCAAAGGCAGAUAUAGACAGAAUGUAAUGAGGAGCCACAUCAUGUCUGUAAUACAAGUCACUUGGAACAAAAUCCACUUGAAAAGUGCAAUAGAUUACCAAUUAUCCCCAUGUAAGUAGGGAAAAGGAAGGAUGGGUAACUCAAAAGAGCAAAUGAGUCAGAUAUUCACUAUCUUGGCUUUGGAAUGCCAUCAGGGGUACACACCCAAAAAACCACACACUUGGACGUUAAAAUAAUCUCCCUCAGUGCGGAUAACCCAAUUCCUUACCUUUAGACAUGGUCUAUCUGUCAAUAACCUAACUCUUAGUAGAGUUGGGGCAGUGGCAAGACAAGAAGGUCCAGGUGAAGUUUGAAAAUCGCAUUCCCUUGGUAUCCUCUGGUGGCUUUAAACCUUCACUAUAAAAUCCAGCUUUAUCACAAAAUAAAUGUCUGCAUGCCAUGGAGAAGAGAAUGGGGGGAGGGGGAAAGGCAUGCAAAAUACAGGGUGUCCCCAAAAGUCUUAGUGCAGUUCUAAGCUUUAUGUUCAUUCAUAAAAAGAUAUCAAAGUAUUUCUUGUUGCAUCCACCCUGUACAUUGUGACCUAUAUCCUUGCUUACUUUGGAAAACUCACAUCUCUAGCUGGGUGACUCCAGUUUGUCAAGUCAUGGCUAUUGAGGAGUUAACUAUGUUACUGAUCAUCAGCUAAUAAAUGCAAUAAUGAUAACCCA